AAGACAUCGGGAAAAUGUAACUUGUGGUUCCCAUUCCUCCAAAUUUCUAUCGGAGAGUGAAGGGUUUCUUCCGAGUCCAAAGUGGUGGGGUUCUCUGUUCAUGAAAGAAAUCUUGCUGAAUUGAGAAACAUCACUAUGCUCAAUCUCAUCCAAAGUCUGAGAUGGCUGAUGCAGCCAAAGUUAUGGAGAUUUGUGUGCUUUGUUUCAUCUGUUGUUGGACUCAUCUGUUACCCUCUCAGUUCCUCUUUCCACCAUUUAUUUGGAUACUGGAGAUGGUGGAAGAUAUUACUUUAUACUGUUUUCUGCUCCAUCAUAUCUUUUGCAGUCUUAUUUGCAAAGACACGAGAACGCUCAAGUACUCUGCGGGUGAAAGCUCAUUUAGCAUUCUUGGUUUUGAUCAUCACUUCUGUGUACUCAUUUUUUUUCGAUAAAUUGUUCAAAGGAAAAACAGAUGCAUAUGGUCUAGUUUCCUGCACUGCUUUCGCUAUUAUGUCCCUGGGUUUGUCAAGACAGACUCACUUUGGAUUCGAAGUGGAUCUCUUAUAUUUUUUCUGCGGAGCUGUGAUAGUACAGUUGAUGAAGAUAAAGUUAUGGUUAGUUACUGUUGGAGCAAGUUUCAGUUAUUCCCUCAUCAUUGUUCGUUCUUCAUUGGAUGUCCCGUUGGGAAGAAGUGAGCAUCUUGAGCUCCAAGGUGCUCAAGAUCAAGUAGUCAUUGAAGUUGAUUUGCCUAUUCAAGUCAAUACUAGUACUGAAAAUGACGAUCUUGGAUUCUUAGUUACUCAAGCUGAUAAUUCACAAGAAGGUAACAGGGAUAAGGAUAGUAUCAUGGCAAGGCUCAUGAGUUGUAUAGAGGCGCUAGAGAAAGAGAAUGAGAACCUUAUUAACAUGCUUUCCGAACUUGUGAACCAAUAUAUCAAAGGAAACCGAAUUUCAGUGCUUCAGUUGCUUCCUGAUUACGACGUAAUGAUGCAUACGAUGCCGUUGGGAAUUAUCAACGACCUUCACGAAACGGUGAAGCUAAUGGUGGAAAGUGGGUUUGAGGAGGAGUGCUGCCACGUGUACAGCAGUUGCAGGAGGAAGUUUGUAGAAGAGUGUUUGUCUACAAUGGGGUUGGAAGCACUCAACAUGAUGGACGUUGAGAAUUGGAUAACGGCUUGCAAGGUAACUUUGAGGACGCUGUUUCCCAACGAAAAGAGACUUUGCCAUCGCGUGUUUAUGGGGUUCUCUUCUGCUGCAGAUAUCUCUUUCAAAGAGGUUUGUGAAGAAUUAACAAUUUCUCUGCUGAGUUUCGGAGAUGCUUUUGCAACUGGGAUCCAUUCGUCGAAUCUUCUCUGCCACGUUAUCCCCAGAGUGUUCAAGACAUUGAGUAAUCAGAUACUAGAAUACGAAUUAUUGUUUUCUGAUCAGUGUAGUGUAUCUCUCAGAAAUGAAGCACUCAAGGCUUGGAAGAGAUUGAGUGAAGCGAACGAGGGGAUUUUCGUGAUGCUAGAGAGUAUUAUUUGUGGUGAUACAGUGAAAGCAAUUGUUCAUGGUGGUGGGGUGCACACGGUUACUUGCCAAGUGAUGAACUGUCUUAGAGAAAUUUGUGAAGCUAGGGAUAUUAACAGAAGAAUUGAAUACAUUACUACUCCUAAUAGAAAGGAGAACUCUUCUGUAAUUUCGAUCAAGUUUAAUUGGAUAAUAGAGUUGUUAGAGAGCAAUUUGGAAGCCACUUCCAAAAACUACACGGACAUUGCUUUGGGCUAUGUUUUCAUGAUGAAUAAUCUCAGGUAUAUAGAAGCAGAGGCUAAAAAGUGGAAAGCAAGAAACAUUUUGGGCAAACAUUGGUUCAGAAAACACGCUACAAAAGUCCGACAGAACUUUGAACUCUAUCAAAUAACCUCGUGGAACACGGUGCUGGAGUUUUUGAAACAGGACAAAGAUGAGUCAGUGGCACCUAGUAUCGUAGCAGAGUCAAUGAAAGAGAAGAUUAGUUUGUUCAACAUGCACUUUGAGGAAAUAUGCAAUGUUCAGUCUACAUGGUCUGUGUUUGGUAGGCAACUAAGGGAACACAUACGAAUAUCCCUAGAAAACGUCUUGCUGCCAGUAUAUGGUAAUUUCAUUGAUAAGUUCCAGGAUGCUUAUGGUAAGCGUGCCUAUGACUAUAUUGAGUAUGGAAUUUCGGACAUUCAAGAUCAACUCAACCGUUUGUUUCUUGUAAUUCACCCCACUGUUCGUUCCUUGUAAGCAAGCUGAUGGAUCCAUCGCUAAAACUAAAAGAAAAGUAAGUAAAGGCUAUCCAAGCUUGUAUGGAAUCAGAAUAAUUUUUUUUAAUUACUGUUUCUCUAGGAUUUGUAAUCUUGUAUUAUACACCAUUUUACGAUUUUCUUCUGUAGCAGAACACCAGUUGCGGCUUCUUUAGGGGCUCCCUUCACCUCAACUGGGUUUAUAUAUCUCUUCACGUGAAAUUUGUUUUCUAUGUAGGAUAGACUUGUCUCCACGUUCAGUUUUUUUUUUUUUUUUUUUACCUUUCUUUCACUUAAUUAUUUUUUUUAUUAUU